GCAAUUGCAGAGGUUUACAAGAAUGAGGGUAACGAUGAGUACAACAAGAAGAAUUACAGCAGCGCCAUUAGCUACUACACAGACGGAAUUAAAGUGAACUGCAAGGAUAAAGAACUGACUGCCAAACUGUACAGUAACAGGGCGGCAGCGCAUUUUAAUUUGAGUAAGAAGUUGCCGUUGUAGUUAGUUAUGUUGAUGUUAUAUUUACCUUUAACUCACCAAAGAUCUUUUUAAGUAGUGGUUUUGUAUAUAAGAACAAUUUUUGAGUGAUCACUGAAAGCGUCAGCCGUUGCUACUCACGCUUUGUGGAAUGCUGCUUAAUAAAAGUUGACAGGCUACACAACAACUGCUUCUCCUAAUAUCUACUUGCAGUAGCUGUUCAUUCACUAUUUUUCACAUAGACCAUAAUGCACAUUGUUUACCUCUAAAAUCUUGAAUGUCCAUUGUUUCCAAUUUCUCGUGGGUAUUACAGUCUUUCCAAGAAAAAGCGAAGAGAAUAGUUAUGCAAGGUUUUCUUUUCUAUUUUUUGGGGAGAGGAGGGGGGGAGGUAAACAAGGUGCAUUAUAGCGUAUAUGGAAAUGGUGAAUUAGUGGGAUCCCAGGCUGAAAUGCGUGCAAUUCCACAAUAUUGGUUUCGGCUUUAUGAAUUUUUUUUACCAAUAGCAGAAGAUUUUGGGAGCAGCCACUGUGCACACAACGCGAGAACAAAUACUGACAGUACACGAUACUAAGGAAUGCAAGGUCUAUUAAGUACUACUAAGUCAACCUCGCCCCCUGGGCUUUUCCCUUAAAAAAUGGGUGGGACGGGAAAAGGCCCUGGCAUCGGCUGGUCACGUGUCCCCUGGUACACCUUUAAAUCCUGGGUGUAAUAAAUUAGCGCUCUGUGAAAAGCUAAAAUUAUGCGUAACCUCACAGCGCACGAUCUUGGGCGGCCUUUUAUAUCUCUUUAUGUUUAACGAAAAGUUUUACAAGAUUUCCUUUUUGUCACAGAUACUGGCUAUGGUAAUUUUUUGCUUUCCUCGGAUUUCUAUGAAGGGGACAGCGAAUAACAUUCAUAAAACUUCUGUUUAUAGAACGAUAUAAAUGACAAACAAGCUAUUGUACAUGCAUAAAGUUUGUACUGGAAAAGUCCGUUUUCGCGACCCUUCUCGUAUUUUAUUUCAUUUCUUGCGAAGUGGACCGCCGUACCCAGCCUAGCUCUAUUCACCUUAACUCUCAGCCAUAUCGUAGCAACACGCGUUGGUUUAGAUUUAUCUUUUAUGACCUGUAUUUUUAAAAAACUCUUUGACCUCUGCGAUCAAACGACUGGCAACAAAGAAAGACUUGGGUCCAUUUAAAAUUGACAGAGCUGUGGUUGAUUCCAAUCGAUCGGUCAAUCUUCCCUUUAAUAUAAGGAAAAUCCUUUGUACUUAUCCUCGGAAGAGAAAAGAUAUAAGAGGUCUUCGAAUGUUUCAGAUCGGCGACCUGUCAUCGUUCCUGGCUGGAGGGCUGACUUGCAUCCGGCGCGGAGAUUUAUUUGUUUCAUGGUCGAGUUGUAGAGAAGACCAGACUCCAUAAAGCAUUUUGAUGAACAAUUCUAUUUCAAUUAAGUUCAAUUUGUUUAAAUUCACAGCAGAUCCUGGAGGCAAAGGCCCGCAUUUUUGUUUGACAUUGGACAAAAUCACUUUCCGCUUGAUCGUACAGUAUGUAAUUCCACAGUCACGAUGAAUUUCAGUCGAAGUACUACUCGAUAACAGCUUGUCUCAACUCUGAAGCAUUUGACAUAUUUUGUACGUGACAACGUACAGCUAGUACGCCCUUUCAUAAACUUGUAGCAUUUGAAUAAUACGCAAUUAAAUGAAUCUUAAGCUUUUGAAUCGCACACGCGAAAAUAUUGAUAUAGUUCGCUAUGUUAUUAUUUCCCAUCGUUGCUCCGUUCGACUUCUGUCAGCGCAAAACUGAGCAUUAGCUUCUCAGGAAUAUUUAGGCUGUACACGUGACCAGCCGAUACCAGGGCCUUUUCCCGCCCCACCUAUUUUUUGAAGGGAAAAGACCUCGGGACGAGGUUGCUACUAAGUGACAAAAAGUUCAAAAGAUACAGUACAACAAUUAAGAAUUAUAUGACAGUGUAUAUUUGAAGUCUGUUUUUGGGUGUGUAAUUCAUUUUUCCUCAGAGAAUUACACUGAAGCACUGAAUGAUGCCAAAACUGCCAUAGACGUACAACCAUCGUUUGUAAAAGCUUUUGUGCGAGGUAAACAGAUUGUUUGUCUGACGCGAAUUACUCAACGGAUAAAUCUUCUGGGAUGGAUGUGAAAGUGCCCAUUGAUGUUUUCAGUUACCAUGACAACAAAUCUGUUUUCUCUCUGUUAUGUUGGACCUUUCGGAUUUAUUUACAACGAAAUUCUUAUAGAGAGUCUCUUGCCCUGGAGUGGGUUACGUUAAUUAGACAAUUGUUUUUUUGUGUGUGUUUUCGCGCACCAAUCUCAUUCUUUCCAGGUUUACUUAUUGCCUAAUUUCAAACCGAGAGUGGUUGUGUACGAGUCCGUUUAUAACGCGAUAAACCACAAAAUCCACAUAGUCAGAACGAGCACAUUGAGGUUAGCAACAUUCUCAAGUUUGGUGUUUAUCGGACCCAUUUUUUGGACGGGAUACAGCCAUUCAAAAAACUCCAAAAUUUACUAAAAAAUAUAUAGACAUCCGGCAAUCCAUAUAUCUCUUAUAAAUUUCUAAGUUUUUAAAUAGCCGUAUACAUCUUGUUCAAUAUUCCUACAAUUGACACAAAACUUGCAUCUGAAUAGUUUUUACAGCCUAAAUGUGUUGUAGCCUGUGCUUUUUUUCUUAACAGGGGCAAGUGUCUGCGUUCAGUUGAAACUGUUCAGCGAAGCCAUCACGUGGUGUGAAAAAGGAUUAGAAGUAUCUUUCUCUGAAGUUUACAAAGAAAGUCCAUUUAGAGAUCAUUUCUCCACAAACCUUCUUCAUUUUUGUUCUAUUCACUGUUGAAAAUAUUUCUAGUGCAGACUCACAUGCAUUUAAGACUAAAUACGGCAUCAACAGGUGCCUUGUACAAAGCAGACCUCUAAGCCUUUCCAAUCUAUCCUUCUCACAAAAAAAAGGUAAGGGGUAAACGUGCAGUGAAGUGGAACAAUCGUAAUUGAAUAUUUGGUCGUUACUACACAGUACGUACUUUGCAGUACACUUAUGGGUUUAUAUCUCCAAGGAAAGCAAGCGAGACUCUAGAUAAUUUACCUCAAGUUCAGAAAGUUGGCAGGUUGUUUUUAAAUUUCUUAACAAUUGAACUUGUACAAGAUCGACCAGAAUAACCAGAAGCUAUUGGAAUUACUGGAUAGGUCUGUGAGAGAGCAAGAGAAGCUGAACUUAGAUAAUCACGGAGAACAGGUGAGAGUGAUGAAGAAAGGGCUUGAAGUACGUUAUUUCAGCGUUUUUGAAUAUGCUUCGUUGGAGUUGGGGGUCUCAUCUUACUGUACACUAUCGAUACAGUAGGCUACAGAGGCAUAUACCCUCCUUUAGCAAAUAAUAUUAAAUGAGGUGCUGAUCCACCGCUGAUCUUACUAAGAUUUGUUUGCGUAGCUUGGCCCCACAUGGGUGGGUGUAUACAAAUCCCUGGCUAGCCCACCUAAUAGCCACCCUAUGGACCACCCUAAAUUUUGCGGAAAUAACAAAAAAAACAUGCCUGAGCAAAGCAAAAGAAAUAAGAAGAGAAAGUAGCUCGCGCGUAUAUAAAGGAAAGUACUUACGGUUGAAAUAUGCAGUCACUAUGGCAGAAAAUUUCCGUUUUUCUUGGACAACCGAGGCCGCGCGGAAUCGUUGGGUAAUGAUGACGUUUCAGCCCAUGCUAAACUCCCGCAAGUAAGAAGUGGUUUGAAAUGGUUAGCAUUACUUAAAGCAGAAAAUGACCGAAAGGACCGCUAGGGUCACAGGGACCAGAGGAGUUAUUUGUGACCUUGAUUGCUGUCAAAUUUUUCAGCUAAUAGCGCUAUUCGCCUUUGUUUACUGUAGCAUCAAGUCCUGAGGUUGGAAUCAAUGACAAUGAUCAAUUCACUACAUGUUUUAGACUAUGAUAAGUCCAAUUACAACACCUACAGAAAAUAAACCAUAUUUUGAAUUGUCCUAAAUGCUCUUCAGUUUCGCCAAAUGUCUGUUGUAUUUCUUCUUUCAAUGCUAAAUUUCGAGACUAUACUUUCUGGGACGCUUCACCCCUCUUUAUCGAAUAAAGUGAGAAAUUAAAGGCAUGCUUUUAUUUUCAGAUGACGAAAAAAUAAUGUAACACAUAAUGUCAUAAAUUGUACGGAAUUCUUUUUUCAUAGAAAAAUUGGACGAAGGCGACAUAUACAGCAGGCGACCUUAGCACUUUUGGUAAAAUUGACAACUUUGAGAACAGGUCGGAAGAAGGAAAGGCGUAUGUCAAUGAUCUUGACAGCGCAUAUCACAGUUUAAGAGAUUUUGAAAAAGCCGUAGACCUUUAUGAACGUUACCUAAAAACUGUGAAGCAGUUGGGAAACAGAUCGGAAGAAGGAGCGGCGUAUUGCAAUCUUGGCAACGCCCAUCACAGUAUGGGAGAUUUUAAAACCGCCAUAGACUGCCACGAACGACAUCUAAAAAUUGCACAAGAAUUGGAUGAAACGUCGGAAAAAGGAGUGGCGUAUUGCAAUCUUGGCAACGCCUAUUACAAUCUGGGAGAUUUUAAAACAGCUAUAAAAUACCAUGAACGUUAUCUAAAAAUUGCAAAAGAAUUGGGCGACAGAUCGGGAGAAGGAAAGGCGUAUUGCUAUCUUGGCAGCGCCUAUUACAGUCUGGGAGAUUUUAAAACAGCCAUAGACUACGAUGAACGUUAUCUAAAAAUUGCGGAGGAGUUGGGCGACAGAUCUGGAGAACGAAAGGCGUAUGGAAAUCUUGGAAACGCAUAUUACAAUCUGGGAAAUUUUAAAACAGCUAUAGACUACCAUGAACGUAAUCUAAAAAUUGCGGAAGAACUGGAUGAAACGUCGGGAAAAGGAGCGGCGUAUUGCGUUCUUGGCAACGCCCAUCACAGUAUAGGGGAUUUUAAAACAGCCAUUGACUACCAUGAACGACAUCUAAAAAUUGCAAAAGAAUUGGGCGACAGGUUGGGAGAAGGAAAGGCUUAUGGAAAUCUUGGCAACGUCUAUUACAAGCUGGGAGAUUUUAAGCCAGCUAUAGACUACCAUGAACGUUUUCUAAAAGCUGCUGAAAGAUUGGAUGAUACGUUGGGAAAAAGAACGGUGUAUUGCCAUCUUGGCAACGCCUAUUACAAUCUGGGAAAUUUUAAAACAGCUAUAGACUACCAUAAACGUUAUCUUAGAAUUGCGGAAGAAUUGGAUGAAACGUCAGAAAAAGGAGCGGCGUAUUGCAAUCUUGGCAACGCCCAUCACAGUAUGGGAGAUUUUAAAACAGCCAUAGACUACCAUGAACGACAUCUAAAAAUUGCGAAAGAAUUGGGUGACACAUCGGGAGAAGGAAAGGCGUAUGGAAAUCUGGGCAUUACCCAUCGCAAUAUAGGAGAUUUUCAAACAGCCAUAGACUACCAUAAACGACAUCUAAAAAUUGCAAAAGAGUUGGGCGACAGAUCGGGAGAAGGAAAGGCCUAUGGAAAUCUUGGAAUCGCCUAUUACAAUCUGGGAAAUUUUAAAACAGCUAUAGACUACCAUGAACGUAAUCUAAAAAUUGCGGAAGAACUGGAUGAAACGUCGGGAAAAGGAGCGGCGUAUUGCAAUCGUGGCAACGCCCAUCACAGUAUGGGAGAUUUUAAAACAGCCAUAGACUACCAUGAGCGACAUCUAGAAAUUGCUGAAAACUCUGGAGACAGAUGCGGAGAAGGAAAGGCGUAUGGCAAUCUUGGCAACGCUUAUCACAAUCUAGGAGAUUUAAGGACAGCUUUACACUGCCAUGAACGUAAUCUAAAAAUUGCGAGAGAAUUAGGUGACAGAUCGGGUGAAGCAAAAGCGAAUGCCAAUCUUGGAUGCGCCUAUGACAGAUUGGGAGAUUUUAAAAAAGCCAUAGACUGCCAUGAACGUGAUCUGAAAAUUGCGAAAGAAUUGGGUGACAGAUUGGGAGAAGGAGAGGCGUAUAACAAUCUUGGCAUAGCCCAUCAUAAUCUGGGUGAUUUUCACAAAGCCAUUGACCUCUUUAAACUUUAUCUAAAAAUUUCGAAACAAUUGGGUGACAGAUCGGGAGAGGGAAAGGCGCAUGGAAGUCUUGGAUGCUCCUUUCAAAGUCUAGGAGUUUUGAAACCAACCAUAUAUCAUUAUCAACGUCAACUAAAAAUUACGAAAGAAUUGGGUGACACAUUAGGAGAGGCGAUAGCAUGCUCGAAUUUUAGUAGCUAUUAUGAAUAUCUAGGCCAAGUUCCAGAGGCGAAGGGAUAUUGCCAGAGAAGUGUUACUUUGUUAAACAAAAUCAGAGAUCGUCUUCAAUUUGACGACAAGUUGAAAAUAGGCUUUCGAGAUCUACAUCAGAAAACAUAUGCUACUCUUUGGCGCUUGAUGCUAAAAGAAGGCAAGUUUAGGGAGGCUUUGGAUUCUGCGGAGAAGGGCCGGGCACAGGGUCUAAGAGAUCUUAUGGUUUUUAAGUAUGGAUUUGAAGUGAAUGAGAUUGAAUCAAGGGAAGAUCACAGAUCCUUUCCUCCGAAUACUAUAUUUAUGGCAAUUGGAAUGAGCGAAUUGGUUUUUUGGGUUUGUCAGAACGGGAAAGACGUCGAAUUGAGAAGAAAGGAAAUCAGUUCCCAGUAUGACACUAGCGCUUAUUUACAUUCUCUUGUCGAUGAUAUGAGUGACGAAAUUGGUGUUAAAGAUGUCGUGGAGCGUAAAUAUUGGUCGUUUAAAUUGGUGAAGGAGAAUCGAAUGGCGGUUAAAAGAUCAAAUCGUGAUAUCAGACAAACCCAACCCUCAACUUUUUCCGAAAGUGCCUUAAAUACACUAUACGACAUCAUCAUUGAUCCUAUUAAAGAUCUGUUCACGGGAAAUGAACUUAUAUUCGUGCCUGAAGGCCCACUCUGUUUGGCUCCCUUUGCUGCUUUUAUGGAUCUAAACUCCGAAUAUCUCUGUGAAUCAUUCAAAAUUCGCGUGGCUCCAUCUCUAACCAGCUUGAAGAUGAUUGCAGAUUGUCCUUUAGAUUACCACUUAAAGUCUGGUGUACUUCUUGUUGGCGAUCCAUGGGUGCAAGAAGUGACAGAACUAGAGCAGUUGCCUUAUGCUAGAGAGGAAGUAGAGAUGAUUGGUAGAAUGCUCGGCUGUACGCCUCUUAUUGGAAGACAAGCCACAAAGGAUGCGGUGUUAAGACGACUCGGUUCGGUUGUUUUGGUGCACAUCGCUGCACAUGGCUGCAUGGAAACGGGUGAAAUUGCCUUAGCGCCAGAUAUUGGUGAGAUGGAUUUCAUUUUGACGAUGAAAGAUGUAAAGCGUGUUCAGAUUCGUGCAAGACUAAUUGUACUCAGUUGCUGUUAUAGUGCUCAUGGAGAGAUCAAAGCAGAGGGUGUAGUUGGCAUAGCACGAGCAUUUUUAGGUGCCGGUGCUCGUUCUGUUCUUGUCUCGUUGUGGGCGAUUGAUGACAAGGCCACUCUUGAGUUCAUGAAAAAUUUCUAUCAGCAUCUUGUGAAAGGAAAAAGUGCGAGUGAAUCCUUAAAUCUAGCAAUGAACUGCAUGAGAGAAUCUGAGGAGUUUGGUGCAGUCAAGUACUGGGCACCGUUUGUGCUCAUUGGUGAUGACGUCACAUUAGAAUUGUCUGGAUACGAAUAA